CCAGGAGAGGGAGGUCGCCGGCUCCGGCCUCUCCCCCAGGGGCCCAGGCGGCUGGCUCGAGCUCCAGCACCUACUGGUGCGCGCAGCCGCGGCGCCACAGGCCCCUUGAAUCUCUGACCACCGCCCCCCGGCCCCGCGUCCCGCCGCUGGGACCCGCGAUGGCGCGGGACUGACGGCCGCCUCCUCUGGGAGUCCUCUGCCCCGCCCAGGGUUCGCGGGGGCCGCGGCACCGCCCCAACCUGCAUGUGGGGCGGGCGCCCCCGCGCCCCGAGCGAGCGGCCCUCCGCGCCCCCGAGGCGGUGCCUGGCCGCGCCAGAGGACGAGAAGGAGGAGCGGCGGGCCGGGCCGGGCUCCCCACGCACCGCGGCCCGGGAGCACGGGCUCCCCGGAGGGAGCUUGGGGCGUCCCAGCCCCGGAGGAGGGACCCGGAAGCAGAAGCGGAGCCGCGAGUGGAGCCGAGCCGCUGCCCCCGCUGCCCGCCGGCGCCGGGUGGGGGUCCCGGCGGCUGGAUGGGCAGCGGCGGCGCGGGCCGCGGGCGGCGAUGGGCGAGGAGCAGAGCACGGUGAGCGGCGGCGGCGGGCCCCAGGAGGCGCGGGGCCCGGACGGGGGCUCCGCGGGCCACCCUGAGUCCCCGAGGCCGCGGGGGGACAGCGCUGGGGCUCCCGGGCCGCGCGGCGACUCCUCGGAGUCGAGCGGCGGCGGCUGCGGAAGCGACUCAAGCUGUGCGGACACAAGCGCCCCGGAGCCUACGAGGAGCCGGGGAGCGCCCGAGUGGAGGAAGAGCCAAGCACUCGGGCAGCCCGCGGGACUGGCACUCACCGGGCCCCUCAAUCCCCAGACUUUGCAACUGCAGCUGAAGCAGGAGGAAGAGGAGGAGGAAGCUGGGGACAGAAAAGAGGGAGGGGAUGAACAGCAGGAGGCGUCCCCCAGGGAGGAGACGGAGCCCAGGACCCACGCCGUGGCUCCCGAUGGAGUGGUCUUGGACGUGCUGGGUCAGCGGCGCCUGCCCCCAGCCAAGAGACAAGUCUUUUGCUCUGUGUACUGCGUGGAGAGCGACCUGCCGGAGGUCCCCACCGCCGAGAAGCUCUCGCCACCGGCAUCGCCACUUGGGGCUCCGCAGGUGCCCAACACCUCCAACCCCCAGUCCUCCUUCCCCAGCCCCAGGCUGUCACUCCCAGCUGACCCCCUUUCCCCCGACGGCGGCAGCAUGGAGCUGGAGUUCUACCUGGCGCCCGAGCCAUUCUCUGUGCCGGGCCUGUUAGGAGCUCCACCCUACUCUGGCCUGGGCGGGGUAGGUGAUCCCUUUGCGCCCCUCACGGUGCUGAUGUGCCGGGUGUGCCUGGAAGACAAACCCAUCAAGCCCCUGCCCUGCUGCAAGAAGGCCGUGUGCGAUGAGUGCCUCAAAGUCUACCUGAGCUCCCAGGUACAACUUGGCCAAGUAGAAAUCAAAUGCCCUAUCACAGAGUGCUUUGAAUUCCUGGAAGAAACAACUGUUGUCUAUAAUUUAACACAUGAAGACUCCAUCAAGUAUAAGUACUUCUUGGAACUUGGCCGCAUUGAUUCCAGCACCAAGCCGUGUCCUCAGUGCAAGCACUUUACAACCUUUAAGAAAAAAGGACAUAUUCCCACCCCUUCAAGAUCAGAAAGCAAAUAUAAAAUCCAGUGCCCCACUUGCCAAUUCAUCUGGUGUUUCAAGUGCCACUCUCCUUGGCAUGAAGGUGUUAACUGCAAGGAGUACAAAAAAGGAGACAAACUGUUGCGUCACUGGGCCAGCGAGAUCGAGCAUGGGCAGAGGAAUGCCCAGAAGUGUCCAAAGUGCAAGAUCCACAUCCAGAGAACUGAAGGAUGUGACCACAUGACCUGUUCACAGUGUAACACUAAUUUUUGUUAUCGAUGUGGGGAGAGAUACCGCCAGCUCCGGUUUUUUGGAGACCACACAUCAAACCUCAGUAUAUUUGGAUGCAAAUAUCGCUACCUCCCAGAGAGACCUCAUUUAAGGAGAUUAGUGAGAGGGUCAGUCUGUGCUGGAAAAUUAUUCGUUGCACCUCUAAUCCUGGUCUUGGGAUUAGCACUAGGGGCCAUAGCAGUUGUAAUUGGUUUAUUUGUAUUUCCUAUCUAUUGCCUUUGUAAGAAACAGAGAAAGCGAUCAAGGACAGGUAUGCAUUGGUAAAAUGCAGGUGAUCUCACCCCACUAAGCUGGUCCCAGGAGGAGCUGUGCAAGAUGGCACACCAUCUGUGAGUUCUACCCUGAAAACACUGCGAGGAACCUUCUGCAUCUCGUCUCCCCAUGGCUCUCUGCAAGCCACAAUGCCUCUGGCUACCGGUGCACUCCCAAUAUGGUAUCCUGUCCUUACCCUAAACAAAUUGCUGCUUUAAAAAAAAAUGGUCACUUUCAUAAACUAUAAACAUCUGUAUCAUAUCUCUGACCUUUGUGUUUCUUGGAAGAAAAUAUUUUAACUAAGGACUGGUUUUCCUCAGAAUUGUUCUGAGGGUGCCUCUUCUGAGCAUUGCUUGGAUUGUCUUUGAACCCUAAACCUCCCUCCAGCCUAUCUGUGGGACUUGGUGUGAAUAGCUAAGGUCCUGUCUGUCCCAAUAAGCAAGGUCACUUUUCAGAAGAUACAAGUUCACUGAUGGCAUCUGUUUUCAUCUGUGACUCAAACAGUGUAAUUCCUUUAUCUUUCAGAUACUGUAAUUGCUAAAACUCUCAGUGCCCAAAAGGGAAAUAAUGAAACUAAAUUAAUGAGAAGAAUUAUGAGUUAAUGAAGUGUAUAUGUGUAGGAGUGUGAAUGUGUAUAUAUAAAUAUAUGUUAAAACUAGGCCCAGUAACCUUGUGCGUAUCUAUUUCCAUGCCUCUACACUAUUUUUUUUUCUUCACAUUUUCUUAGACCUGUUUAGAGAUGAUAGUUCUUUUGUGGGCAUAAUUUGCUAACAUAUUGAAUUAAAGUCAAUGUAGACAACAGGCUAUUUUGAUGUUGACCCUUUCUAUUUCUUGCUCUCUCUUUCUGUCACACACAGAAAAAUUUGUGCAAUGGUCAUCCUGAUGUGUAUUGGACUUUGUAAACUGACAAAACUAAUAGGUUGCUUUUAGUAAGUCCUCAAGACCCAAAUAUUCAGUCUUUUCAAUUUCUUCCAUUAUAGCACACGUGCUUUACUCUUGGAUAAAUCCUUCAUGUGAGAUUAUUUAACCCAAAGAACAAGUUUAUUAGUAAGAGAAUUACUUAAGUCUUUAAACAAAUUCCAUAUUCCACUAUUUUUUUAAUUACCAACUUGUGAUGAUAGAUCAUUUGUUUUAGAUCAAGGUUUUGAAUUUUUAAUCUCCACUGUCUUCCCUAUCUUCUCUUCCUAUUUGUUUUUAUUUGUCCUCAAGUUUUUCAUGAAAACAUACUAGUUUGAAAGGAUUUCUCAAUUAAUGCUCAAAUGCAUAAUGCUUUGUUGGUAUUUUCUUAUAGAGGGGUUACUUGAAAACAAAACGUUCAUGUUCAUAUGUUCAUCUAAAAAAAAACAGCUAUUUUUGGAGAAGGAAACCAAAAAAUGAAGAAAGUAUUUUCAGAAAGUUUUUCUCAGAGGAGAAAUCUUUGAAAAUAAGAGAAGGACAAUUAAUUAGUAUAUUCAUUUGUUACCAUCAUGAACAGUAGUGUCUGUUAUCAGCAGAAAGGCAGAAAAGACUUCUAAGAAGCCUAAGGUUUUUUUACUUGUCUCUAAAUUCUCAAAAUUAUCUAUCUGCCAUGGAUGUAGCAUUUAUGUAUCAGCAAACUUAUAUAACUUGAAAUAGAUGGUUGGUAUUUAUUGGGCUCCAGAGUGUAAGACAUUUUACCAUUUUUGUUUAGCUCAUGGGUGAAAGGGCAGCAAGCUUGCAUUUUUUUUCUGAAUAAUUCAGAAUAGCUGUUGGGUUUUUGGACUCAUCUAUUUUCUGUUGAAGGCGAUUGUGACAUUUGUGAUUCUAGAGUAGUGUAUCUUAAAGCAUAACAUGAGACAAGAAAAAGUGAUGCUCUAGUUUCACAAAUUCAUCUUUCCAUUCACCCAUCCAACCAUUUGACAGGUAUUUAUUGACUGUCUGUUUUAGGUGCUCUAGUAUUAGUUAGGGAGAAGGAGACUCUCUAGCCCAAAUACAUGGCUCUGACAUAAAAGUGCUCAAGUUUUUUAAAUUCAUCUUUCCAGGACUUAGGCAUCAGUUUGGCAAUGUGUGACUAUGAUGAAUUCUAAAUAUAGAGGAGAUAUAUAUAUAUAUAUAUCUCCACCAAAUAGUUGAAAAAUAUAUUCUCUGGUCAUAAAUCAUCUAUUUUCUUAGGUCAUUGUAUCUGUUGUCUUUGGCUUACUCAGGGAUUUUUAUUCCUUUCUUUAAAUAACUUAUCUUUUGAGGUAUUUUCAUAUGAUUUGGAAAACUUUCCAGUAUGCCAGUUACAAAGUAGUGUCUGUUAUCAGUGAAGGCUGUUUCUUCAUUGCUGAGACAGUGUGCACUGUAUUGCACAGGAUUUCAUUUUUCUAUUGCAUAGAUUUUUAAAAUAAAUGAAUGCAUUUUUCUCUUUAAAGGUGGAUACAUAUUAGGCUUUUCCCUGAAACAUAAAGUAAUUAUUUGUGAUUUUUUAAAAACUAAAUUUCAAAAUCUUACACAGAAAGAAGAAAAUAAAAAGGAUUCUUUAUAUGUCAGUGCCAACUUUGAAGGUAAAACAAUAGUAGUAAUCUUUACAAUAAAUUCUGAAAACUACUUUAGAAAAAGAAGUGUGCACAUUAAAUAAGUAUCUUUCUAUCAAAGGCUGGACAUUUUUAUAUGUUUUUAUUAUAAAUUUAAUAUAUUCUCCUUUAAAAAUCAAAUCAUAUAGAAUUAUAAAACACAAAUUCCUCUGCUUACCACACCCUAAUUUACAAGGGGUAACCACUGUUAAUGCUUUGGUAUGUGUCCUUCAAGACACUUUCUACAAAUUUACAAAUAACCGUGUGGGGAGGGGUGUAUGAGUGUGUGUGUGUGUGUGUGUGUAUACAUGUGCAUGCAUGUAUUUUAUAUAAAUAGAAUAAUAAUAUUAUUUCUUUGCUGUGACUUUUUCAUUUUAUUAUAUAUUGGUAGAUAUCUUUCCAUAAGAGUUUAUAUAUAUAUAUAUAUAUAUAUAUAUAUAUAUAUAUAUAUAUAUACAUAUAUUUACCUCAUUCUUUUAUAAAUUACUACAUAAUCCAUUGUGGGGCUAUACUUUAAUUGAAUUAGUUUCCUAUUGAAUGGACAUCAAGAUUGUUUCUACUUCCCUGUUACAAAGCAUUAGUGAAAAUCCUUUGGCAUAUAUUUUUGUCAUCAUGCAUGAACAUUUCCAUAGUUUUAAAUUUUGAUUUUUAUAGGAUAUUUAUAAUAAAAAUUUCAGUGCAUUUUCAGGAAAUGAGAAAUAAUGUAUUUGAAAAAUUUUUUGAGUAAAAGAAAUAUUAACCAGGAGUGCAGAAUUUUUAAAGAAAACAUCUUUUGAACGAUAAUUUCUUCCCUGCUUGAUUAGCCAAAUAAUUGCCUUACCAAAACUUAGUGAAAAUUAAUCUUUUUCCAAUAAUAAUAAAAUGUGAUGAACUGUCUGUCAGAUAACAUGAGAAAGAUUUUUGAAUUGCCUGGUUUAAACUUGAGAGAUUUAAAUGAAAUAUUCAAACCAAACUGAUGAUGUUUGUCACAUUUUUUUUAAACACUAUCUAUAUUUACGCACGUGAUUUCACAGAGAAAUUUAAUUAUUCCAUGUGAAAAGUAGAAAACAGUACGUCAGUAAUUACAAAUGCCCACAAUAAUCCAUAGAAAAAUAAAUUACAUUAUGUAAGGUUUGGUGGAAUGAGAAUAAAUCAUAGAAUAACAGGGAACUCUCACUUUACAAUGAAUCACAACAGUGCCCUAGAGAUUUCUGUACGUGGAGUAGGAAGAGGAAAGAGGCCAACCCCUGGUACAAGCAACCUCCUAUUGCCACCACCGUGAUUUAGUGAUAGGUGCUAUUGUGUCCUAAGACUAGAACAGACAGGAAAAUGAUACGAGGUAAUUAAACACCAGUCUGGUUACAACAUGAUAUCUUCAAUUGUACUUUCUCUGCUGUGGGAUCAAGAUUCAGUGGUGCCUAUCAGGAAACUCCUUGCUCUGUGACACCAUCUCAUGAACCUCCAGGCCCUCUCUGAGACUCUGUUUUUCAAUUCCACCACCCAAAUAUAAGACCCACUGCUCCCAUAAAAUACCUGUAAACUGCUGCAGUCUUUUUCAGUUCCUUUACCUUUUCCAACCUUGUUUUCCUCCACACCUCUGCUAUUUUUUUUUAUUAGUUGCUCAAGACAAUACAAUGAUCUUGACAUAUCAUACAUUUACACCUCUGCUAUUUUAACUACUCCUCUUUGCCAAAAGAAACGAGAAGAAACAGAAGAGGUGAAAAGUUCUCUGGCCUGUGCAGAGCAUCAGCAUUUCUGACUGACCUUUGUCACACUGGAAGGCAUCGAUCGACAAGACAUCCCAUGUUAAAUGAAUUCUCCUUUGUUAAACAAAUGCAGUUGUUUUUAACAUUAGACUUUUAUGCUGCCUAUUAAAUUUAUACUGAUGAAAAAAAAAAUAUAGUGGCCUAAAUCACAUUAGUACAAAAAACAGAAAAGAAAAGAAAAUUCACAUCAAAAGCCAUCGUAGAUUUUACAAGGAAGCUACAUAUGCAUAGGCCUUAAUGUGAAUCUUUUCAAUGGGUCAUAUGCUUAUCCAAACUGAACCUACCACCUACCCUACGGUCCCCUAUACAUAUUGCCAAUUAUAGAAGCAUGUAAUUAUGCAUACUAGAAACGAUAUUCUUUAUUUUUCCUUUUGACUAAAGAAGUGACAUUUUUAAGAGUAACUAUAUGGACCUAAAUUUUAAAAUAUGGUAAAUUAUUUUUUAAAAAUACACAAGACAUUGUCACUAUCCCACACUUUUUGCCAUUUUCUUAUACCUAUAAAAGGAUUUUUAUUAGUUUUAACUCUUACACAUCACUUAGAUUAUGCAGACUCAUUAACAUAGAAAAUAUUUCUUUGUUUUCAAUCAUGCGCCACAUUUCUUUCACUGUUCCAUCAUGACUAAUUACAUGACUUUCUUACCUGACUGGGCAGUGAUACCCAUCUAUUUCAAACAUCACCUAUCUCUUAGAUUUCCUGAUUAAUCUCGCUUUUUGCCUCAGCAGUUACCUUCCCUGAUGACCAAGUAUUGAAUAAAUUCUCUCACCUCUAACUCAUUUCACUCUGAUGAAAUAAAAAUUCUACUCUUAAAAGUCUAUACAAUUUAACUCUGGUAAUGAGCAUAAUUUAUAUUGCUUAAUUUUAUCCGUAAAUUGAAAUAUAUCCAGGAGUGCCUGGGACACUCUUCCCACCUCUUGAUGAAGUUGAAGAACUUCCACCUAGCUCUCUGCCAAAAAGUAAAUCAAACAAAUGAGAAGAGAUUGGUUGGACCAGAAAGCUUAAUAAUACUCUAGAACAAAGCCUCAAAAAUUGUUUUACAUUAUCCUAAGAUCAGCAUUGUCUUUGCACAUCAGUUGGCUAGAAAGUAUGUGUAGACAUUCAUCCAACCUGAACCCAAGUCAUUUAUCCUUCAUCCAAAACAGGUUAUGGUUAAAGUUAUGGCCAUUGGUCUUUGUUUCAACCAAAGGGCCUCCAGCUUGGACUUGUGGGGGAUUUAUAUAGUGCAGCAUUUGUCUGUAAGACUCAAACAUUGAUUCAUACUGUGAACAUUAUUAGAUUUUUGAUACUCCAAAAUAGAUGACCUUAAAUGAAUGGUUUAGAAACCAUUUGUCAUUGCAAAUGUUCAACUUUUUCAUAGACAUAAGCCACACUCAAACUGUAUUUCAUAUAGGUUUAGUACAUAACAAAAAAAAAUUCAAGGGAGAGUCAAAGUUAGUUGUAAAUGGCCCCAGAAAUUAUGGAAAUCAUGUUCUUCCUUGUAGCUGGCAUGUGUUCUCUCAGUCAUCAGUUCUCUGCAAAUUUGGGAGAUCUUCCUAUCAUGCCCAGCUAGGGAAAUAUUCUCAAAAUAAUCCAGUCAAAUAUUUUUAAAAAACUGCUAUUUGUUAACAUCUUACUUCCUCUAUAUUCAAUUAUAUUUUGUUUAUUUCAAGGAAAUAGUAUCUAAAUAUCUGACAUACACAAUCUAAAUUUUUCAAUAUAUAAAUUAGCAUGCUUUAUCUUUCUAAAGAAAUUUUUGAUCAAGUAUCAUGAUUUUUUAUCAGCUGACUAUUUUCUAAAGACCCCUCUUUUUGAAAUUCCAUAUUCCAUUUUUUUUAAAAAUUCCCCUCAAUAGCUUACUUUUAUUAUUUGAUCAUUUUCAUCACAAUUAAUCUAUAGAUAAUAUUUUUAAAAAUAGACAAAACUUAUAUUUCAUAUGAAACUUAAAACAGUAAUUGAUUUAUAUAUAUUACCAUUUACCUUAUUAAGGACAAUCUGUUACAGGUUUUUAAUGUGAAAUUUAAUUGACAAUCUUAUUGCUUCAGAAAGCAGUUAUGAACAUAUAAUAAUAAUUCAACUUCAUAAGGCCACAGAAAUAAUUUUGUGUAGAAGAAACACAAAAACUGCAACAUUAAAAUGUGACUAUGUUAAUAUUAUUUAUUAAGAAGCCAUGAGAAUUGUUUUGUUUCUAUUUUAAACAAACAUUUUUAUGAAACAGAUAUAUUCAUAUCUAUUAAUAUAGAUGUAUAGCAAAACUGUAGGACAAGUACAUAAUUCACAUUUUCCUUUUUUAUGAAGAGUAUAAAAUGCUAAAAAGAAACAUUGGGGUUUUUAAUUUGUUAUUCCUGUAUAUUCAGAAAUUGAAGUUCUAAAAACUAAUUUGCAUCUCCUAUUUAAAUAUCAGAAUAUAUUUCAUUUUAGUUAUAUUCUCAUUAACAGUAUCAAAUGAAAAUUUUUAAAUUUAAGGUGAGUGACUUCCAGUAGUAGCUUGUGCCAGAUUUUAUCCUUUUUAUUAUAUUGCUUAAAGUUUUCUUUAAAAUUUGUAGUCAUUUUCUGAAAAUAUGUCAUAAUAUAUUUAUGUUUAAAAUGAGCCUGAUUGAAAAAAUGUUUCUUUAAUUAUUAACUGUUUCUGAUUUUCAUUAGUUAUACUACUAAGUUUGGUAUUCAUAAAACUAUUUGAAAAAAAAUUUUGAAUGUAUUUUAGGAAAAAGACAGGUAAAAAUAAAAUAAGCAAAUGGACAAUAUUCUUAUGUAGAAAUCCUUGAAAAUAAAUUAGAAAGGAGAAAGCAAAUUCUACUGAGCUAAAAAUAUUGGAAAAUAAGGAUAAUUUAAAAGGAAAAAUUUCUUACAUUGCUAGAGCAAUCAACUUCUUAUUUCCAAAUGAUUAUUUUGUGUUGUUGGUUCCAUUAAUUUUGCAUAGUAUAUAAUUUUCUCACCACCUUAGUGUGUCUACACUGAUUACAGAAAAGAAAGGAGGAAACUGGGUGAAGAAAAGCCAGGGAAAUUGGGCUAAUUCCUUUUUUUCAAUAGCACUAAUGUAUAGUCCCUUUAACCUUCCAUAUGGUGCUUUAUGUGAUGGGUAUAUAACAUUUAUAUAUGUUAUUAGUGCCUUAUUUUUUUUUCACUUGACUUUAUUUCUUAUCUAAAGAGCCAUAUCUAUUUUUUUGUGAGUGUUCUUUGGUCCCUUUAUUUUAAAAGUGCUAAUGAGAUAGUAUCUCUUUAGGGAUGUAUAUAGCCUGUAUUUGCUACCAUAAUCUACUGUAUUAUGUCUAGAACAGCAAAUUAGCCAUUGCAUUUUUCUUAAACUCAUUGUUCAUUUUUAAAAGAAAGUAUGAAAUGAAUAUUAAGUACCAGAAAUUCAAGCCAUUAAACUUGAAGUGUAUUUUAAACCACAAAAAAGAAUACUAAUUAAGUUUAAAACAGGAAUUGGAAUGACUGUCAGGUAAAUCUAUAGCUCAAACUAGGACAAAAGCAUUAAAAAUAAAACAAAGUAUAUGCUACUUCAGGAAUUUGAUCAUUUCUCUACAAAGUGUCUUCGGAGAUAUUUUAUUAGUAAUAAAUUUCCAUACAGAUGUUGGAUAACCAUGAGAUUCACAAAUUCAUGUUGCUGUUCAUUCACUGUGGGCUUUAUCGACAUCAAGCAAUUAUGUUUAAUAUAUUAUUUUGCUCUUCUUGGUCUAUGUCUUUUGUUUUGCUUUAUACAAAAUGCUGGUUUUGUUGUAUUCUUUAUGUACCAUAGUAUGUAAUUCAGCUUUUCCUGAUGAAUGUAUGAUGAAUGAAUAAAAUAAACCAUGUGUUUAGAAAAGACAAAGACACAGGUUGUAUAUGCAAAUAUGUGUAAAUAUUUGACAAAGAAAAAAAUAGAAAAGAAUCUUCCUAUCCAACAGAUAGGUCCUGCUGGACAGGACCUGGAAAUUAGCAGAUUUUUUUUUUUAAACAGUGAAAUUAAAAAAUCUAUUACCUCAAGAAUUUUCAGUGGAUAUGUGUCAGUGUACUGCUCCUUUAUAGAAGUACUAUCUCACUUGCUGCUGGUGGUAAAAGCAACCCAAGUGUCAGAUCAUAUAAAUUUUAGGGACACAUCUUUGAAAAGAUGAAUACCUUGUGAUAUUCUUGUAGAAUCUAAUUAUAGACUUUUGGUAAUUUCCCUAUAGCCUUUUGUUGUGGCUGGGCUUUUGUUUUUUUUUUUUGUUUGUUUGUUUGUUUUUUUAAUUAUUUUUGGUUGGUUAUUUUAAGAUGGGAGGGUAAUCUUGAGUCUGAGAUCAGAUCUCAUGGAAAAAUCUAAUGAUGCUCACUCUACAUGGAUGAAAACUAUAAGGGGAAUCAGCUGUGACUGUCACUGUAUGAGCUGUCGUGUGGAUUACUGUGAGUGCCAUUUACUACAGGAUGUGUGCGAUACAUCGUACAACGUCAUCUAGCAACACCUAAUAAAAGUUUUUUAAGAGACAA